AUGUAUCGAAGAUUUUGGCUAUCAAUAGUUUGGCUUUUCCUGAUUCCGUUGUAUUAUUCCGUAACGCUAACAUCGGCUACUAUUCCAGGCAAUGCAACGAAAUCACUUUGGAAAAUUUCAAAACAAAAAAUCAAAUUUGUCAUUGAUGAAUUUACAAAUACUAAAAUACCUUCGGAAGCAAAAAAUUUAUCCGGUCAAGAACUUAUCGAUUACAUAAAUACACAUCAAACAUUAUGGAAGGCAGGAAUGAAUAAAUUUAAUUCAUAUAGCGAUCAUGUAAAAUACGGUUUACUUGGUGUAUAUAAUAUGAAACAAAUGAUGGAUGAAAAUAAGAAUUUGCAACCAAUACAACAGGAUAUUUCCUAUAUUCCGGAAUCAUUUGAUGCACGUAAAAGAUGGCCAGAAUGUGCAUCACUUAAAAAUAUUCGUGAUCAAUCUUCCUGCGGAUCAUGUUGGGCAAUAGCUGCUGUAGAAGCGAUGUCAGAUCGAAUUUGCAUUAUGUCAAAGGGGAAAUUACAAGUAACACUUUCAGCAGAUGAUCUUAUCAGCUGUUGUAAAACUUGUGGUUUUGGAUGUUAUGGCGGUAUGCCAAUGGCGGCUUGGAAAUAUUGGGCUUCAAAUGGUAUUGUUACAGGAAGUAACUAUACAAAUCAUGCCGGUUGUCGACCUUAUCCAUUUCCACCCUGUGAACAUCACAACAAUAAGACACAUUAUGAACCAUGUAAACAUGACCUUUAUCCAACCCCGAAAUGCAACCGGAAGUGUGAUAAAAAUUACCCAAAGUCGUACAAAGCCGACAAGUAUUACGGGAAAAAAGUUUACUAUGUUGAUAACGAUGUAGAAUCGAUUCAAAAGGAAAUCAUGGCAAUGGGUCCGGUUGAAGCUUCGUUUAAUGUAUACAGUGAUUUUCUGCAAUAUACUGGUGGAAUUUACAAGCAUGUAGCGGGAUCUAUGGGUGGUGGACAUGCCGUAAAAUUGCUUGGUUGGGGUAUCGAUCAAGGAGUACCAUAUUGGUUGGCAGCUAAUUCAUGGAAUACUGAUUGGGGAGAAGAUGGUUAUUUCCGUAUUAUCCGUGGUAUUGAUGAAUGCGGAAUUGAAUCAGGUAUCAUUGCCGGAAUUCCUAAACGAACAACUAAAUCGGAAUUUCAUGAAAUCAAUAAAUUUCCAAUCGAAUAA